GACUUGGCCUGUCUUUCUUCCCCUGCUGUGUGAGUCCUGAAAUAUUGUAGCUCAUGACAGACAAAGUACCCUGUGCAGCCUCGUGAGGCUGGGGCAGGUCUUAGCAGGGGCUGGGACUCAUACCAGGUGUCCUGUCCCCUCUUCUUCCCUGGAAUCAUCAUGUCAGGGUGGAGCAAUGGCAGCUCCAAUGCAUCCUACACCAGCUUCCUCCUGGUGGGCUUCCCAGGGAUGCAGGCAUCCCGAACCCUCCUGGUGCUGCCCUUCCUCAGCCUCUACCUGGUGAUCCUCUCCACCAAUGCCCUGGUCAUCCACACCGUGGCAGCCCAGCAGAGCCUGCACCAGCCCAUGUACCUGCUCAUCGCCCUGCUCCUGACUGUCAACAUCUGUGCCGCCACCACCGUGCUGCCCGCCAUCCUCUUCAGCUUCUCCACAAGCUUCAACCGCAUCUCCCUGACUUGCUGCCUGCUCCAGAUGUUCUGCAUCUAUUUUCUCAUUGUGUUUGACUGUAACAUCCUCCUGGUCAUGGCCCUGGAUCGCUAUGUGGCCAUCUGCUACCCUCUCCGCUACCCAGAGAUGGUGACAGGACACUUGCUCACUGGCCUGGUGGGGGUGGCAGUAGCCAGGAGCACAUGCAUUGUUGCCCCAGUGGUGGUGCUGGCCUCCCGGGUCCGCUUCUGCCGCUCAGAUGUGAUCCAUCACUUUGCCUGUGAGCACAUGGCCCUGAUGAAGCUCGCCUGUGGGGACAUCUCACUGAACAAGACUGUGGGGCUUACUGUCCGCAUCUUCAAUAGGGUCCUGGACAUGCUUCUGCUGGGAGCCUCGUACUCCUGCAUCAUCCAUGCUGCCUUCAAGAUCUCAUCAGGCGGAGCACGUUCCAAGGCCUUGAACACCUGUGGCUCCCACUUACUGGUCAUCUUCACUGUCUACUCCUCUACCAUGUCCUCAUCAAUCGUCUAUCGUGUGGCCCGCACUGCCUCCCAGGAUGUGCACAACCUGCUCAGUGCUUUCUACCUGCUUCUCCCAUGUCUGGUCAACCCCAUCAUCUAUGGAGCCAGAACCAAGGAAAUCAGACAGCACCUGGUAACUCUGUUCCGAAGGACACAGCAACAGAUCCCCACUGAGAAGCCUCAGUGCCUGCCCUCACACAGGGAGCUUCCUAGGUGA